AUGAAGGAGUACAACACCCUCAUGAUAGGCAUCCCCAAGGAUGACUUUGUGGCAAGGAGGGAAACUAGAGUGGACAAUGCAAAGACACAAUUUUCUGGAUUGGCAGAGGCAUGGUCCAAUCUCAAGGAUAUUGAGAUAGUUGGAGUGGUAAUGUAUGUUGGACAGGACCCUGCAGGACAUCAAACUUCUGGCAUAUUCAGAGGCUCCAAGAUGAUAGGAAACUUCAUCAAUGAAAAUGGCAUUGAUGUGUCUCAGGAAUGGCAACAGGUGCAGAUGCCAGGGUGGCUGGCACCAGGUUCCAUUGGAGAUGAGACCCUGAGAGACCACAACCACAGAGUAUUUGGAAGCAUGAUGAAGGAGAAGAUGUUGGCCACAUUGAGAGAUCUGCAUGUCACAUGUGGCAUUGAACUUCUCAAGUUUUUGCAGAAGAGCCACCUCACUAUUGUCAACUGGCCCCAUGGUGUAUCUCCACUGGGCCCUGGUUUUGAGUACAAGAAACUCAAGGCUGGCCCUCUUCAUCAACUUGUAGUACCUUACCUUCAGAGAAAACUGGGUCUUUUGUAUGAUGGGCAAACCAAUGAUGAGGAAGAACAAGAUAGUCUGGAUGAUGUGCUGGAAAUUGAGAUCAAGUGCUGGAACAAAGAGGCCAUUGAUAUUUUGGAUGCUGACCCUUUGAAGGGUGAGAUUGCACUCAUCAAAGUUACCAAUGGUACUGUUUUGCAGCAGAUCUCAGAUGAUCCAGAGUGGCAGAAGUCCCUCAAGGAAAUGGAUUGCCAGCAGCAAGGCAUGGAGGUCCUUCAACAGCCACAACCAUGA